GCCCCGCGACUACAAGUCCCAUCGCGCCCCGCGCUCGCGCACACUACGCCAGAGCAAGAUGGCCGACGCGGCGGCCACAGCUGGGGCCGGCGGCUCCGGAACGAGAUCAGGAAGUAAACAGUCCACUAACCCUGCCGAUAACUAUCAUCUGGCCCGGAGGAGAACCCUGCAGGUGGUUGUGAGCUCCUUGCUGACAGAGGCAGGGUUUGAGAGUGCCGAGAAAGCAUCCGUGGAAACGCUGACAGAGAUGCUGCAGAGCUACAUUUCAGAAAUUGGGAGAAGUGCCAAGUCUUACUGUGAGCACACAGCCAGGACCCAGCCCACACUGUCAGAUAUCGUGGUCACACUUGUUGAGAUGGGUUUCAAUGUGGACACUCUCCCUGCCUAUGCAAAACGGUCUCAGAGGAUGGUCAUCACUGCUCCUCCGGUGACCAAUCAGCCAGUGACCCCCAAGGCUCUUACUGCAGGGCAGAACCGACCCCACCCGCCGCACAUCCCCAGCCAUUUUCCUGAGUUCCCUGAUCCCCACACCUACAUCAAAACUCCGACGUACCGUGAGCCCGUGUCAGACUACCAGGUCCUGCGGGAGAAGGCUGCAUCCCAGCGGCGCGAUGUGGAGCGGGCACUUACCCGUUUCAUGGCCAAGACAGGCGAGACUCAGAGUCUUUUCAAAGAUGACGUCAGCACAUUUCCAUUGAUUGCUGCCAGACCUUUCACCAUCCCCUACCUGACGGCUCUUCUUCCAUCUGAACUGGAGAUGCAACAGAUGGAAGAGACAGAUUCCUCGGAGCAGGAUGAACAGACAGACACGGAGAACCUCGCUCUUCAUAUCAGCAUGGAGGAUUCUGGAGCCGAGAAGGAGAACACCUCUGUCUUGCAGCAGAACCCCUCCUUGUCGGGAAGCCGGAAUGGGGAGGAGAACAUCAUCGAUAACCCUUAUCUGCGGCCCGUGAAGAAGCCCAAGAUCCGCAGGAAGAAGUCCCUCUCCUGAGCUGAGAACGAAAACUGGCUUGUACAGGGGCGCAGAUUCCACCCUCCCAGGGAGUUAAAGCCACUCAAGGGAAGAAAAGAGGGUGACCUCCUCAUGGCCGAGCCAAGGCUGCAGGGUGUGAUCGGACAUGAUUUUCAUGGCAAACCGUCUAUUAAGAUGACCUGUUUUCACUGGAUGUUUGGGUUGAGGAAGAUAUGAACAGAAUAAUGAGAAUUUUUUUUUUUUUUUUUUUUUUUUUUUUUGAGAUGGAGUCUCACUCUGUCUCCCAGGCUGGAAUGCAGUGGCACGAUCUCAGCUAACUGUAGUCUCUGCCUCUCUGGUCUAAGCAAUUCUCCUGCCUCGGCCUCCUAUGGUAGCUGGGACUAGAGGCAAGCGCCACCAUGCUGGCUAAUUGUUGUAUUUUUAGUAGAGAUGGGGUUUCACCAUGUUGGACAGGCUGGUCUUGAACUCCUGACCUCAAGUGAUCCACUUGCCUUGGCCUCCCA